AUGGAGAUUUUGAGCACCGUUAAGGGCAUUUAUGGACUGAUUCUUGUUGGAUUUUUAGGUUUUUUUGUUGCAAAAGAGUAUGAUUUGGAGUUCAUCGCUGAACAGCUUUCAAAAACAGAGGAAAGUCUUGGUUAUUACAAAGAAUAUGAGAAAAAGCAAAUUGAGCAAAAGAUAAUUGACGAUUACAUUUACGAAGACGAUGAUGAUGUAGAUGAUUAUGAAAAUGGCAAUUCGACUGAUUUUAUGGAGGGAAUCGAGCUCACUGGGACAAAAAUUGAUCAUGAUGAAGCAUGGAGAAAAUUAGACGAAAAAAUGAAGAAUCGCGUCAAGUACCUUCGUCGAACCUGUCAAAUGCGCCGAAAAAUUCAAAACCUAAUUGAUGCAGACGACUUUGAUGGAUUGCUUAAAUUACAUGAGCAGAUAUAUGAUCUCAAUAAAGCUCUCCCGAAAGAUGACGAGACGCCACUUCAAUGCAAUCCCCCAAGCUUUUCAAAAAAGAAGAACCAAGCUCGCUUCAUCAAGGGUCGCCGGCAAAGCCACACGGAUAUUUUCCACGAACCAAAUUUGAACCUGACGAUUUGUCUUCCUCCAAAAUGCGGAACGACCAAUUGGCAAAAUGCCCUCGCAAGUUUGACCGGAAAGCAUGGAAGAGCUCAGAUCCCAAGAUUGCAUCCGGAUGAUUAUGCGGACAAUAGCUUCGCAAAGAAAAUUUCAAAAUUGAAAGUUUUGAACACAAGAAAUCCGUUUCAAAGACUGGUUUCUGCAUGGAGAGACAAAUUUCAUGUCAAACAUAAUCCACGACGACAGGGCUAUUUUCUUCCGUCCAUCCGGGUCUUUGAAGGGCCUUAUGAAAAGCCCGAGCAGUUUUCGUGCUCUUUCGAGGCUUUCGCGAGCUCCAGGGCGGCGAAUCCAAGUGAAUUUGUGAAUAACAGGCAUUGGAGAACAGUUCACUGGGAAUGCAGCCCGUGCCAUUUCGAAUACGACUUGAUUCUGCACCUUGAAGAUGUGGAUCUAGAAUAUGACUAUGCUUGGGAAAAGAUCGCAGACAUCAAACCAGUUCUUCGGCAACAAUACGCAAACAGUCCAAUGGCCAAGCAUCAUCCAAGCUGGUACUGGAGAAAUGUCCCGAAAGACGUUGCCAAGAAGAUUUAUAUGAUUUAUUUCAUGGAUUUGGCAGGACUCGGAUAUAGCCCGGAAGAAUGCAUGCGCUAUGUCAACAGUGCUUCGGAAGCAGAUGUGCUUAGUCUUGAAAAUAUUGUAAAAGCGCGAAGUAAUCUAAACCACCCUGAGCUGUACAUGAAUCAAUCGUACCUGCAUGAAAUUUGCUAUUGA